AUGUCUGUUCAAGAUAAAGAAGAACAUUUAUCAUUUAUUAGUCAAGAAGAGGCUUUAUCAUUUAUUCCACCAACCAUUGAAUUUUCUUCAUUUGCUUCAACAUCAAAAAGUACUACUUCAGUAACCAAUAAAGCACCAAAAAAAGUGCUACCCUGGAAAGAAUUUUUUGAAGAA